AUUAUAUUGAAUGCCUAUAAAUAUAAGAGACAUUUUAAAUAAUUUUAAAAAAAUAAUAAUAUAUUACAUAUUUGUUGUAUAAAAUAAUAUAUUUUUUAUCAGAUAAUGAAGAAGUCAGCUAAGCAGGUGAUGAUGACUGAGGUUUCACCAAAGGAUUUGGAAUUUGAUUACUCACCACUACAAGCGUUGGUCGCUGAUAGAUUAUCUGAAAUGAGCUCUAUGGCGCGCGCCAGCGCACCAGCCUUAAUUCCCCUCGGUGAUGGGAGUCCUCCCAACCGUAUGGCGAUGAAAGAGUUGUUAGAAGCACUGAUGUCGAAUGAGUAUACUCCAUUACACCGCACACUGAAAGCCGCAGGGCCUAUACCUCCACCAACUUUUUUGCUGGAUCCUACAGAAAUACCAUUUUCUGAUGAGGGUGUAUGGAAAAACUUAGUGAACCGAGGCACAUACAUUCCUAUGUACGACUCAGAGUAUGAAGGACUCAUUGGUUUAAAACCAGAGAAGGUCGAUAAGCGCGCCCACAACCAAACUCAACAUAAACCUAAGGAGGAAAAGAAAGAGAAGCAAGAAGAGAAGAAGGCAGACGAGAAGGAGGUAGGUCGUGUAGCAACAGAGGCUAUGGAACUGACCCAAUUAGCGCUCCGGGGAGCGCUGAGUGUUCAACAUCAGCAGCGUCUGCUGGCUCUGCUGGACCAGGACCCCGAGGUUGUUUAUCAUAUAGGAAUCACACCAGCACAGUUACCGGAGUUGGUCGAGAAUAAUCCGAUGGUCGCGAUAUCAGUGCUGCUGAAACUGAUCGACUCUCAACAGAUCACCGAAUACUUCACGGUCCUCGUCAACAUGGAGAUGUCGCUUCAUUCCAUGGAGGUUGUCAAUAGGCAAGUAUCUACAUAGAUAUGUAAAAAAUUCACGUGUCACGAGAAUGUAUGCCAUCGAUAUCCUCAGAAACUACUGCACCAAUUUUAUUAAAAUUUCGCAUGUCAUUUGGUCUAACUUAAAAGAUGCGAUAGCUUUUAUCCCAAUUGUUUAGUUCUGCUAAUUCGUUAUAGAUGGCGGUGUUAGUAAAUUCAUUGAUAAAUUUCUUUAACGUCGUUUGACAUCUAGGUUGUGAAACACCAGGCAGAUGGAGUUAUUCUUUCUUUUCCUAGAUCACAAAUUUAUAACCAGUACAAUACUAAAUAUAAUAAAUAGUUCAGCUAAUAAAAAUUAUGAAAUAUAUAGUUUAGGUUGUCACAUCAAGUUUUUUCAUUUUGCUAUGUCAGACAUUUUAUGUAUAAACAUUUUAUUUAUCAAGUG